AUGAAGAAAGAGAGGGAGGAGAACAGAGGGGUCGUGGCAGUGGUGAGUGGUGGUGAAAAAAAAAUAAAAAGGAGAGUGCUGGAUCGAAGACAUGGAAAGCGGCCUCUUUCUUCGGAAGCGUGGAAAAAGGAGGAGAAAAACAAAGGUCAAGAUCAUCAUCAUGGAUCCCUCGAUGGUGGUGUGGAUUUGGAAUUCGAAAAUGAAACUAUUACAAGGGUGGCUUCCUCCGAGUACAGUCCCGACAGCACACGCCCACUUCUGGAGUCCGCCGUAUCUCCUGCUACUGCUGCUGCUGUUACUUCUUUCAGGCAAGAAGCUCAAGCGGGAAGAAGACAUUAUCGAGGAGUGAGACGGAGACCAUGGGGGAAGUGGGCGGCUGAAAUACGGGAUCCCAAAAAGGCAGCUCGAGUUUGGCUAGGGACGUUUGACAUGGCUGAGGAUGCAGCACUUGCAUACGAUGAGGCUGCGUUGAGGUUCAAAGGCACCAAAGCCAAGCUUAAUUUCCCCGAACGGGUGGUCCAAGGAGGCAAGUACUCCCAAUCCCAACUGCGCUACCCUACCGCCGUCUCAUCAUCAUCAUUGUCUCGCCAGCAAUAUAAUCCAAACCCUCAAGAAGCAACGGAGACGAUGAUCAACCCGAGUAACACUAACGUUCCCUCCGACACGAUGACGAUGACUAAUUACCCUCAUCUUCUCCAGUACGCUCAGUUGCUCUCCAGCACCGAUGCAGAGCUGCCUUAUUACGCCUCGGCUCUCUACGAUCAGCAACAACUACUGCAACCUAAUCCCCAAAUCACAUCCCCUUCAGCUCAUGUCACCCCAGACCUGCAUCGGCAACCGCAAGAAGAUUUUUCUAGUUUUUCCUCUGAACAGUGUGAUUACCAGAGCUUUUGUAGCUCCGAUUUUCUGAAAUACGGUAAGGAUUUUGAUCCUAAGAGCCCAGAUCAGUAGUUGCCUUGUCGAUAGUCAGUCAUGUUGAUAUCAUUAGUGGCAGGAGGAGGAGCGAAAAAUUUGUGCUGGCUUCUAGUUUUUUAAUCCAAUGCACCAACAGCAUUAUGUGGUUAAAAUUUGGAUGUGCGUACGUACCGAUGUUUAAUGGAUGAUGGAUUUUGAUUCUCCAAAUUAGAGUAUCCGUAAAAUGUACGGCUAUUAACU